GAAACGAAUAACUGUUGCGCUCGGCUCUCUCACCGCUUGGACGCAUUCUGGGACAGCACAAAUCUGCGCUUGUUGGAAACACCUGCACACUCCCAGACUUUCUAUUUCCCGAGUUAACGGGCCAGGUACAAGAAUUAAAGUUUCACUCUGCGGUUAUUUUUCGCUUGAGUUGUAAUAAUGUUAGGCAGCGGCAAGUCAGCUACCAGCAGUCCGAAAGAGCAGAGGAAGAAAGGGGCCGAGAAGCCCAUAGACCCCAUCAGGAGGCUCGGGCUGCUGGACAACGAGGAUGUUCGUGUGAUGAUGCAGGGCUGCAGCAUGGUGAAGGUUCGCUCUUCGAGGUGGCAGAAGAGUCGAAACAUGCGACUGAUGGAUGACGGACUCACCGUGUGGUGUGAAUCCACAAAGAGUUCCCGCAAAGCCAAAGCCCAGCAGACAUUCGCAGUGACUGAAGUGGAGUGUGUGCGUGAAGGCUGCAAGUCUGAGGCGCUGAGGCGACUGUCCGGGUCGGUGCCAGAGAGCCAGUGCUUCACAGUGGUCUUCAGAGGUGCCCGGAAAAGCCUGGACCUGUUGUGCCCCUGUGAGGAUGCAGCUCGGCGCUGGGUGCGAGGGCUCCGCACUUUGAAGGAGCAUGUGGCCAACAUGAGUCAGAAGCAAAAACUGGACCAUUGGAUCCGAGGCUACCUGAGGCGAGCGGAUCAGAACCAGGACGGCAAGAUGAGCUACGAUGAAGUCAAACGUCUGCUCCAGAUGAUCAACAUUGACCUGAGUGAGCAGUAUGCCCACUCUUUAUUCAAGAGGAGUGACCGAUCAGGUGAUGGCCGUCUGGAUCACGUGGAGAUUGAGGAGUUCUGCAGGGAGCUGCUGCGACGGCCCGAGCUGGAUGCCGUGUUCAGACACUAUUCAAGUAAUGGUUGUGUGCUCGCCACUGCUGAGCUGCGCGACUUCCUGGGAGACCAAGGAGAAGACGCCUCGUUGAAUCAUGCUCAGAGCCUUAUACUCACCUAUGAGCUAAAUGACUGGGCUCAGAAGAACCGCCUCAUGACCCAGAAUGGUUUCACCAUGUACAUGCUCUCCCGAGAGAAUGACGUUGUAAACCCAGACCAUGCCAGAGUGUAUCAGGAUAUGAGCCACCCUUUGGCCCACUACUUCAUCUCCUCGUCCCACAACACUUACCUUACCAAGGACCAGGUCACCAGCACCAGCAGCACUGAGCCGUACAUCAGGGCUCUGAAUCAGGGCUGUCGCUGUGUUGAGCUGGACUGCUGGGAUGGAGAUAAAGGUGAACCUGUCAUCUACCAUGGCCACACUCUCACUUCCAAAGUCCCAUUCAGUGAAGUAAUUGAAACCAUCGCCCAGUACGCCUUCAAGGCCUCCCCAUAUCCUCUAAUCCUGUCUUUGGAGAAUCACUGUUCUGUGGAGCAGCAGGCGGUCAUGGCCAAACACCUCCGUAAAAUCCUGGGCAGCAAACUGCUCACAAAGCCCCUCAGUGCCGACCCGCCGAAAGAUUUGCCUUCUCCUGAGGAGCUGAGGGGGCGGAUUCUGGUAAAAGCGAAGAAGCUGAUCCCUCACCUGGGUCAGCUGGGUAAGAAUGGCAGCUGUGCCAGCUUCUCCUCGAGUUCUGAAGAUGAAGUAGCAAGCAGCAAUAAGAAGGAUCCUGCAAAGGUCUGUUCUAAACUGAGCCCAGAGCUAUCAGAGCUGGUGGUGUACUGCAGAAGUGUCCCCUUUCGUGGCUUUGAAAAUGCACCUGAAAAACCUUCAAAUGAAAUGUCUUCCUUCUCUGAAAGUGAUGCCCUCAAGCUCAUCAAAGACUCGGGAAAGCUUUUUGUGAGACACAACAGCAGGCAGCUGAGCCGGAUCUACCCCUCUGGCCAGCGCCUCGGAUCAUCCAACUAUGAUCCUCAGGAAAUGUGGAACGGAGGCUGCCAGAUGGUGGCUCUUAACUUCCAAACGCCCGGGGAGCAGAUGGACCUGAACCUGGGCCGCUUCAUGCCUAAUGGUCGCUGUGGAUACGUUCUUAAACCGGCUUUUCUGUGUAGCCCCACUUCCGACUUUAACCCAGAGAACACAGGAGGAGGCCCUGGUCACACCCCCACCCAGCUGACAAUACGAAUCAUAUCUGCGCAGCAACUUCCAAAAAUUGACACAGAGAAGGUUAGCGCCAUUGUGGACCCACAAGUAUGGGUGGAGAUUCACGGGGUGUCAAUUGAUAAAUCAAGAAAGAAAACCCAACGCAUUGACAACAAUGGUUUCAACCCACGAUGGGACUGCACUCUGAGUUUCCAGCUGCAGGUCCCUGAACUGGCCCUGGUGCGGUUUGUAGUGGAGGACCAUGACCACACUGCCAAAAAUGACUUUGUGGGGCAAUUCACUGUUCCAUUCAUCAGCCUACGAACAGGUUAUCGACAUGUUCAUUUAUUGAAGGCAGAUGGUUCCAGUCUGUCGCCCAGCACACUCUUCAUCCAUGUCAAAGUCACCCGCAAAGGAGUACCAAUCAAAACUGUGUCCGAGCGUAUGGCCAUUGCGAAAGGCAAGGCAUGACGUGCAUCUGAACUAGAUGGAAAGCUGCAUUUUCUGACAACAAAGGGCUUUGAAAAGGGGCUCUGAGUGUGAGAAGAGAGAGGCUGUCAGUGUCCCUGUCCAGACCUCAAGUGGUCCAAUUUACACUGAGCAACUGCAAGAGGAAAGAUGUCGUUUAUCAGAGAUUAAGAAGCACUCUAGCUCUUAGCAAAUGAAUUGCCUCAGGCUGGAUAAGGAUCCAUUAUACACUGUGGGAGUAUCAUGUAUUUUUUCAGGACACUGAGGAUGAUGGUCCACGAAAUAUGGGACUUGUUACAAAAUCAGUUUUAAUGUUGUUGACUCUAAUUUUAGGUGGCCAUCCCAAAAUGUGUUGGACUUAAGAUUUUUGUAGUUUUGAUUUUAGAUUUUUUUUUUACACUUAAUUGUAAAUUUUACACUUAACACCUAAUACUUAUAUAAUGAAGAUACUUAACAAGAAACAACACUUAAUUAACUUAAUGAGGGGUCUAGAAACUCGGUCACUGGGACUCCCAGCAUGUAAUUUAAAAAUGUAUCAUUUUUAACAUUUUGGAAUCAUUAUUAUAACACUAACUGAUAUAAUGCAGAUGUCAAAAAGUUUUUAGUUUGAUUGUCACAGGUUGUGCAUGAAGGUUAUUCAAAUGAUUAAUGUGUCUUACUUGAUAAUAUAGGAACUCUAGGCACUUUUAAUUUUAUGACGAUAUACAGUAUUUCCACAACUUACGAUUGAACUUGAAAUAUAAACAGUAUUAACUUUAAAUAACUUUCUUAAAAAUGUCAAUUGUUGUAUUUGCCUCUGUUCUGUUAACAAUCUUGCUGUUUUUGUUGCCAAAUGUUGUGCUACAUAAAACGUAUGGUUUAACAUGAAUUGCAAAUAGAAAAUACAAUACCAAUUACUUUGGGCUAUUGCAAAUCAUGUACAACUCAUAGAGCUUCCUUGGGAUGCAAUGUUGUAGUGAUGAGAGGUGCUGCAUAUAGAUUACUGUAAUUACAGUGCAUGUGAUCUAUAUGGAUUUCAAAAGCAUGUAACAAAUGUUGCAUUAUGCAGUGUUAAAUCAUAUGUUAUAUGAAUGGGAGUUGGUGUUAUUUAUGCAAGAGAAAAUACUGUUUUCAUAAAAGCACUAAUAAUACA